GGAGUUGUGACGGGCGGAGGAUGAGGAGGUGAUGUGCCUCCUCGACAGAAGGCCGGAGUUGGUGGAGCGGUGGCUGGCCCGCCAGAGCGCCGCGGUGAGGAGGCCGUCUGUCACCUCGGAGCUAGCCGCGUCUUGGCUCGCCGCGUCCCCCUUCAAGAGGUCGAGGUCACCCUCCAGACCCAGAGAGUCGAGAGAAUGGCGGCGCAGACUGGGCCUGCUGGACGAGGGGGAGCUGUUCAUGGAGUUGAUCCGGGACGUCUCGAACGAGCUGGACAUCGACGUGCUCUGCCACAAGAUCCUCGUCAACGUCGGCCUCCUCACCCGGGCCGACAGGGGGUCCCUCUUCCUCGCCAGAGGACACAUCCUCAUCGCCAAGCUCUUCGAUGUCACAGUCGAGACAGAACUUGAAGAAGCGGUGAAGAAAGCAAGAGAAGAAGAAAUAAAGAUUCCAUUUGGCGUUGGAGUUGCAGGUGUUGUGGCUCAAAGUAAAGCUGUAAUUAACAUCAGGGAUGCCUAUACUGACCCGAGGUUCAACAGCGAAAUCGACAUGAGAACAGGCUACAAGACGAACACCAUCCUCUGCGGACCGAUAUCCAACUACGAGGGCGAGGUGAUAGGAGUCGCCCAGAUCAUCAACAAAACUGACGGGACCAAGGAGUUCACCGAGAGAGAUGUCGAGGUGUUCCAGAGGUACCUUACAUUCUGUGGGAUAGGGAUACAGAAUGCUCAACUUUUCGAAAUGUCUGUGCAAGAAUUCAAGAGGAACCAGAUCCUUUUGAACCUUGCGAGGUCAAUAUUCGAAGAACAGAGCAACCUUGAGAGGCUUGUUACUAAGAUAAUGACAGAAGCACGAGACCUGCUAAAGUGUGAAAGUUGUGCAGUAUUCUUACUAGACACGCACUGUUGUGAAGCUAUUCUUCUUGAGAGCCUAGUUGUAAAGACAACAUUAUCUAUUUGUGAAAGAAAACCUCUAUGUAGGAGAGAAAGUAAUAAUGUGAAUGUUGAUGAAAUCUUGUCCCCAAAAGAAGUAUCUAAUUUUAAGUUUACGACAGUCUUUGAGCUGAGAUCUGCCUCUCAAAAAGCCGAUGUUUAUAAUCCAACACAGAGUGACCUAGGGAAAUCUAAGCUAGCACAGAUCGCAAAAUAUGUUGCAACAACCGGGCAGAUCUUGAACAUAGGAGAUGUUUCCUCUUGGAUGAAUGAAGAUGUUACAGGGAAAGGAGACAGUGUUGUCGCUAGAUGUAUUUUAUGCAUGCCAAUCAUUAAUGGCCAAAAGCAAGUUAUAGGAGUUGCACAGUUAAUCAAUAAGGAAACAGGGCAACCAUUUACUGAAAAUGAUGUAUCUAUUUUCGAAGCAUUUGCAAUUUUCUGUGGUCUUGGUAUUCACAAUACCCAGAUGUAUGAAAAUGCAUGUAAAUUAAUGGCUAAACAGAAAGUUGCCCUGGAAUGUCUUUCUUAUCACGCCACUGCUUCGAUAGAUGACACUACAAAACUUAUCAAAGACAAUAUACCCUCUGCAGAAAAGUACAAUCUUUACAGUUUCAAGUUCAUUGAUUUUGAUCUUAAUGACGAGGACACUUGCAAAGCAACGAUUAGGAUGUUUCUGCAGUGUAGCCUUGUGGAACAGUUUCACAUACCUUAUGAUGUCCUUUGUCGGUGGGUAUUGAGUGUGAAAAAAAAUUAUAGGCCAGUUAAGUACCAUAAUUGGAGACAUGCGUUGAACGUAGCUCAGACCAUGUUUGCUAUGCUCAAAACAGGGAAGAUGGAAAGGUUCAUGACUGACCUAGAGAUAUUGGGUCUUCUCGUUGCUUGUCUAUGCCAUGAUCUGGAUCAUCGAGGUACUAAUAAUGCAUUCCAGACUAAAACUGAAUCACCAUUAGCAAUAUUAUACACAACUAGUACAAUGGAGCAUCAUCACUUUGAUCAGUGCGUGAUGAUAUUGAACAGCGAGGGUAAUAAUAUUUUUCAGGCUCUUUCACCUGACGAUUAUAGGUACGUUAUGAAAGUAGUGGAGCAAUCGAUUCUGUCCACAGAUCUUGCAAUGUACUUUAAAAAGAAGAAUAGUUUUAUGGAAUUGAUAGAAAAUGGCGAAUUCGACUUCCAAAGUGAAGGGAAAAAAGAAUUGCUUUGCGGAAUGAUGAUGACAGCAUGUGACGUAGGUGCUAUAGCAAAGCCAUGGGAAGUCCAACAUAAAGUUGCAAAGCUAGUUGCUGAUGAAUUCUUUGAUCAGGGUGAUCUCGAAAAACUUCAACUUAAUACUCAACCAAUCGCUAUGAUGGACAGAGAAAGAAAAGACGAAUUACCUCAAAUGCAAGUUGGUUUUAUAGAUGUCAUAUGUCUUCCAUUGUACAAGGUUCUUUCUGAAACAUUUCCUUGGAUAAAACCACUUUAUGAGGGAACUUUGGAAAAUCGCAAACACUGGCAAGAUCUUGCAGAGAAAGUAGAAAUGGGUCUAACGUGGAUAGACCAUGAUACAAUUGAAAAACCAAUAGAAGAGUUUACUGGUGAUGAAGAUGCAAAAGAGAUUGAAUUCACUGUUACAACUCUCAACUGCGAAAAGAAAGCAGGAGAUGGAGAAGGAACUGGUGUAUCCACUCGUCGUGCCAAUGGCACAACAAUGGGAAGAUUUGCAUCCCUCAGGAAGAACAGAGCUCUCGGGAAAUCGGUUAGAACGAGAAUCAGCAGAUCCUUGUAUGCCAAGUCGUCUUCGGAAAAGAAGGCAGUGAAGAUACUCCUGAGAAGCCUGAAGAAGCGAACAAAACACAAUCAGUCGUCCAGCAGAAAACAAAAAGCAAAUUAUGCUCACUCUUCUGACAUUCGAAGACCUCAUCUAUCCCAGAAACUUAGUAAUUAUUGCUAA